AUGCCAACCAUCAACACUCAUUCCGUCCAGAUCGCACUGGAGGGCAUCCUCUGUGGUGAGCGCAAGAACUGGGACCACAAUAUGGCCGUGUUGCCCAGAUGGAUUCACAAGCUGGGCUCGGUUUACUACACGGCUUUGCUUGAGGACAAGCAGGUCAGGAAGUAUGGAUGGUUGUCAGGCCGUCAGGGUGAGCGGCUCAGUCCUUCUGAGAUGCCAAAGCCCGUCCGCGAAAUUCUUAACCUUGCCUCUACCGGGCUCCGCAACCUCCGGGGGAUUACAGCCAAUCUCAAGGAAAUCAUCGAGCGAUCGGAAAUCACGUCCAACUUUAUCGAGCGGGCUACCAUUGAGUACAGAGAGGGACCCGUUGGUGGAUUCGAAAGGCCUCUUGGGGCUGCUGGGAGACAGAUGGAGAGGUGUGUGGUGCUUUCUGAGGAAAUGGCGACGACGUACAACAGCUUUGGUGCUUGUCUUGAGCGUACGAUGAAGUCAUCCAUGACCGAUGAGCUCUACCUGAUGGACGAGGAGAAAAGGGAGUGGAUUAAAGAUGCCGCCCUACUCAGCAAGAUGAUCACCGUGGUCUACUACAACGUCCUGACAGCUGCUGCCGAGCUCAAGAAAGUCUCGGAACUGCUCCACCCUGGACUCAGACUCAAGGGCGAACCUCUCGUGGAGCUGUACACUGAAGUCUUGAGCGCCCGGACCCGGUUGAAGGUCGCUCGGGAGCUGGCCAAGCUAUUCACCACGACGGUCGACUCCCUGGGCCCUCUGAUCGCCAAGCUGGAUUCGAUCGUCCAAGAUGGAGACAAGUCUUGGCGCACCCAAAUGCAGGGAGACCUUCGCCGGUUCACUGAGGUGUUUGAGGAGCGAAAGGACUACGCCGAGGACGCCGCCAAACAGGUAUGUGAAUAA